AUGAUGAUGCACAUCAUACUUGGCAGUGACUACCUCGUCGCCCACGACGGGGUCAUGUAUUUUCGGAACGGGAAUACAAGGUUCUUCGAGAAGUACGAGGGUCUCGUGCCAGAGAUUGUGUAUGCUGCCCUGAAGGAGUACCUCUUGACUUUAGAAGGGCUUUUCCGGUCUUUUACUGGCGAGGCUCGGAAGGCGUUCGCCGCGUGGCGCGACAACGCCAUCUUCGACAGAGGAGGCAAGGGCGGCGGCAAGGGCGGCGGCAUGGGGUGCGCGGGGGAAUCUGCCGCAGAAUUCGAUGCCCUCUCGCAGAUAGAGGCGCAAGGGCUGGAUGGCGAUGCGCACGCGCCGGCGGACGACAGCGCCGCGCGCAGUGCGCCGUGGUAUAUCACGAUCGCAGUGAGCGUUGCUCGAGUUGGGCGAAGCUUACAGAUCCAGAUGAUUCAGAACAAGUUGCCGUCGUUUUACUGCGAGUGGUGCGAGACUCCGCGCCCCUCGCUCAGAGGCGUCGCCCGCCCCGACAUCGCGUUCGUCUACGACCUGGGCGGAGCCCCGAUGAAGCAAAUCGCGAAUGAGCAGACGUUCUGGGCAAACGCCGCCGCGCACAAAGUGUGCAUGGCCGCCCUCGCUCUGGCGAAGGGAGGGUUGAACAUCGACCAGCUGUUCUUCUUCUGGGGAGCUGGCGGCGUCGGGCUUUCGCUGAUGACGGCCCAUCUCGACGCCGUGCUCGGGCACUCCAACCACAAGUAUUUCGACCCGCACGUGUUCUACCUGGAUGAGGAGAUGCGGAAGACGGUGGAGUCGCUCAAAGGCACGAUCGCUCUCGCGGCACAGGAGAAGCCAGAAGGCUUGAGGAAGAGCUUCCGGGAGGACUUGUUCAAGAAACUGGCGUCUGCCGACGGCAUCUUUGGUCGACUCCCGUAUCAAAUUUUGACAAAGGGCGCAUUCCACGCCAUUUACCGGAGGUCUCUUCUGAUCAAGAUUUUUGCUAGGCUUGUCGAUGCGGAAUACAUCAGGCGCGCCCUGCUGGACGCAGAGAAGUACGGCAUCUUCCCGCGGGCGCUGGAUCUGAAGCCGUUCAUGCAGUCGGGGCCCGCCAUCGCGGCCGGUCUGCAACGACAGCUGGGCUUCGAACGGAAAAAUGGCGAGGCGGCAUCGAGGUCGCUGAUAGAUGACUACUGCCUGCGCGGAGGAGGUAAUGGGAUCACGGAGAAAUGCAUGCGACAGGCGUGUCUUCUCCCGGAGCCGAGCAGGCCGAAGCCUGGCGGCCAGAGCAACGCGGCUGCCCCGCCGCCCGGCGUCGACUUCGAAGUCGGAGUGGGCGAGUCGCAGGACGCGGAAGAGCCCAUGGCGCGGUUGCGCCGCCAACUCCUCCAUCAGAUGCUCGAGCGGAGCUUCGACGCCUUGACAUUUUCAUAUUUCAGGCAGAUGUCUACAGGGCAGAUUCAAGGCUUGCCGGAGAAGAAACCGACGCUGUGGAAGGCGAUGGAGGAGUCCGCCGGAUGGUCGAAAGGUGGUUUGCAUGGCAAAGCGAAGGACAGACUUUCACCAAAAUUGUUGACCACUCGCAAAUUCGAUGAUAUUGUGCCGGCGCCGAACGUGGAAGAGCCGACCGUGCUCCCGGAACAGUGGGACCGCGCGGCGCUGAGCCGUUACGCGAACGGCAACGCUUGUCGCAAGCACAACGUCGACAUCAUGAUUGCGACCUUGGGGGCCGUCCCAAAGCCGCGCGGGCGGAAGAAACGCGGAACUGAGCCCGAGGUGGGCGGCGACGCCCAUCUGCGCGCGGUCGGCGCGUCCAUUCAGGCAGCAGAGCUCACCCUGGAAGCGUUGCUCGAGAGCGCGCGCGAGAGGCCGACCGUGGUGCCAGCCGACGCACCAGCGGAGAAGAGGAGGAACAUCGGUGUGAAGAAGAGCUUCAGCGGUGGCAUCGACUUGGCAGAGCGCGGCAUCUCCUACGCGCAUCAACGCACGGCGGCCCGUCGCUUCGCGGAUGGCCCGGCGGCGCAGGGGUGCCCGGCGCGCGCGCUACAUUCGAUGCUGGAAGGCACCGUUGAUCUCGACAUCCACAGCGCGGUCCUGACCGUCACCUGGCAGCUCGUGGAGAAAAUGGACAUGGUCGACAAGAACCUGUUCAACGAGGAGUUAGAGUUGCUGAAGCGGCUGGCUGAGAACAGGGACGAGGUACUGCGGAGCGAGUUGCGGGACAUGGGGCCCGAGGCGGCCAGGCGCUUCUUACUCGAGAUCAUCGGCGGGGCCCGUUCUUUCGACGCCGAUGCCAGGCCAUUCGCCAAAAAGUUGCAACGCGUGAGCCGCGUGCUGCGGUGGCUGGCGUGCUCGGCAUUGCCCGAGGUAUACGAGAGCUUCUGCCACGACGCCGCGCAGGGCGACGGCGAGAAGACAGGGAAAUGGCCGGAGGGACAAACGUUCUCGACUUUCUACCAGCGUGCGGAAGACUACAUCCUCGGUCAGUGGCAGACGUGGGUGCUAGCGCAGCCGGUGAAGCAUCUGUCUCUGCAUUUCGACGGCGUCAGGAUCAGCCGGGACGCGGUGCUCGCCAACCAUGCCACCGUGGCGGACUUCGCCGCUGACGCGAGUGCCCAUAUCGCGAGGGAAACAGGCUUCGUAGUCAAAAUCACAGAGAAGACACACCCGAAGAUCGCGGAGGCACUGACGAGCUGCGAGGCGUGGCGGCCAACGGAUGCGCUUUCGGCGCCCAACGACCUACUGAGGCCCGGCAAUGGUAUUCUGCUGGCGCUGUGGCGAUGCGGCGACGCCAGGGUGUCCGCGUCCGUCGAAUCUUGCGCCGGCGCCACGUCCGUGGAGAGCAGUGCUGCCAGCGUAGAGAAAGGGAGGACGUACGCGGAGUGUUGCGUGGCACACGGCGUGUCAAUGAUGCCGCAGCUGGGCUUCGAUGCUCGCGAGCAGGGGCGCAAUCUUCUCCACGUGGACGGGCACGGUUCGCCAUCGUGCGCACUCGUCCACGUGGGGGCGGAGCUCGACAAGGCGACGGUUUAUUUUCAUGGCCAAGUCGGCGAGGUGAGUCUGGCAGAGAUCCAUGAUGCCGUCCUCGCCGGGCGAGACUCGAGGUUAGCAGUCACGUUUCGCGUGAAUUUGUCCCCGGCGGCGCAGGCGGCCGCCGAAGACAGCCGCGGCGCCGGGCCCUUGGCAGCGCUCUUGAAUAUGAUGGCGUGA